UUUUAAAACCAUACUUCUAUUUAAACAAAUAUAUGUGAAUUAUGUAAAUAUGUUUUAAAAUAAGAUAAAAGCAAUAUUAAUACAAAUGUAUCCAAAAGUCAUACAUUCUCACAAACUCAAGCUUUUAAAAAUGAUCGAGUCUGAUAAAUGUGUCUAGUUCUAUUAUCAAAGUGUAUUUAGUGAUAUUAGAUUUAAAUAGUAUUAUUACUUAGUGUAUGAAUAUUUGUUUGCGCAUUCCAGUUCAGAAAUAUUUAUUAUGCAUUUCUUAAAAUUAGCAAAAUUAUAUAAAACGCAAAGCAGGUUUUUUGUAACUUCAACUAAAGUCCAUCCAUUAAAGGGAAUAAGAAUUUUAGAUUUAACAAGGAUUAUAGCUGGACCAUAUUGUUCUAUGGUUUUGUCUGAUUUGGGUGCGGAAGUAAUAAAAGUUGAAAGACCAAAUAUUGGUGAUGAAGCUAGAAAAUGGGGACCACCAUUUUUAAAAAACUCAAAAGAUUCCGUAUAUUUUCAAUCUGUCAAUCGCAAUAAGAAAAGUAUUUGCAUAGAUUUUAAAAAAGGUCAAAAGAUUUUACAUGAAUUAGUAAGGAAAUCAGAUAUUUUAAUUGAAAAUUUUGUUCCUGGUGUUCUUGAAAAAUAUAACAUGGAUUAUAGCACUUUGAAAACUCUUGCUCCUCAUUUAAUAUAUUGUUCAAUAACCGGUUAUGGUUCAAUAGGACCAUAUUCGCAAAGACCAGGCUAUGAUGUUAUUGCUGCUUCUAUGGGAGGACUUUUGCAUAUAACAGGGCAUCCUGAUGGACCACCUGCAAAAGUUGGUGUUGCAGUUACUGAUAUUGCAACUGGCCUUUACGCUCAUGGUGCAAUAUUAGCUGCGCUUCUUCAACGUGAAAAAAAUGGCCAAGGUCAAAAAAUUGACGUUAACCUCUUAUCUACGCAGGUCGCCUCAUUAAUAAAUGUAGCUAGCAAUUACCUUAAUGCUAACAAGGAGGCUCAACGUUGGGGUACUGCUCAUGAAAGUAUAGUUCCCUAUGAAAGUUUUGAAACAUCAAAUGGUUAUUUAACAUUGGGAACAGGAAGUGAUGAUCAAUUUCAACAUUUAUGUAGAAUAUUGAAAUUAAACGAUUUAUUAACUGAUGGCAAAUUUACUACAAAUAAAGAUCGAGUUAAAAAUAGAAAAGAACUUAUUACAAUAUUAUCGAAAGUAUUUAAAACACAGACAUCAUCAUUCUGGAUGAAAGUUUUUGAAAAUGCUUCUUUUCCCGUUGGUCCUGUUAACAAUAUGAAAGAAGUUUUCUCAGAUCCUCAUAUAAAAAGUAUAAAUUUAGUUAAAGAAUUAGAUCAUUUAAUGGAUGGAAAAGUCAAGGUUGUUGGUCCACCUGUUGUUUAUGAAAUUGCUGAAAAUAAUGCUAGAACUGCUCCGCCUAUUUUAGGUCAACAUACAAGUGAAAUUUUAAAAAAUGUUCUUGGCUAUGAUGAUAUUGAAAUAAAAAAUUUGAAGAAUAAGCAAAUUGUACAAUAAGACAAAAAAGAAUUUAUAAAAUUUUUUACAAAGAGUAAUGCAUUUAAUAUUGUAUUUUGGUUUCAUUUUGCUAUCCAUAAAAUUACUUUGCCGGAUUUGGGCUUGUUAGUAUUUAGGGAUUUAAAUAAAACAAAGCAUUAAAAUAAUUAUG